AUGACUGCUAGCCAGGCUAAAGACUACACCGGGUCCUCCGCCAAUAUCCUCACACUGGUGGAUUCCCGCCAAGCAGGGCCACCACCACCACCACCUCCAGACUCCUACCCUCAUUUCCCCUUAAACACUUUAGCCCCCCUAAGCAUCUACCCCACCAUCCUUGCUCUGUGGUCUCCUUCCCGUCUUCCCACCACGUCUACGGAGUGGGUGCCGGCUCCCUCCCCCAGGGGUGGGAGCGAGGAGCUGGGGGACGCGCUCGACAAACCCUUGGAGAACGAUGCAGAGGGCGUGUGGAGCCCCGACAUCGAGCAGAGCUUUCAGGAGGCCUUGGCCAUCUACCCGCCCUGUGGCCGCAGGAAAAUCAUCCUCUCUGAUGAGGGCAAGAUGUACGGACGCAAUGAGCUGAUAGCCCGCUACAUCAAACUUCGCACUGGGAAAACACGGACCAGGAAGCAGGUGUCCAGUCAUAUCCAGGUCCUAGCACGACGGAAGGCCAGAGAGAUCCAGGUGAAGCUGAAGGACCAGGCGGCCAAAGACAAGGCUCUGCAGAGCAUGGCCACCAUGUCCUCAGCGCAGAUCAUCUCACCCACCGCUUUCCAGAACAAGAUGGCGCUCCAGGGUCUCUCCAGGCCGGCUUAUCCCACAACUGGUGGUUUUUGGCACGGGGCGCUUCCAGGACAGCCAGGAGGCCAUGAGGACAUUAAGCCUUUCUCCCAGCAGACUUACACCAUGCAAGCAUCCGGCCCCGCCCCCAUAACAGGUUAUGAAAGCACUGCGGGUCUGUCUAUGUCACCCGGUGCCCCCCCUUGGCAAGGUAGAAGUAUCGCCAGUUCCAAGCUGCGAAUGCUCGAGUUCUCCGCCUUCCUGGAGCAACCUCAAGACCCAGAGACUUUCAACAAACAUCUUUUCGUGCACAUCGGCCAGUCCAACCCCAGCUACAGCGACCCCUACCUGGAGUCGGUGGACGUCAGACAGAUCUACGACAAGUUCCCCGAGAAGAAAGGAGGCCUGAAAGAGCUGUUCGACAAGGGGCCGCACAACGCCUUCUUCCUGGUCAAAUUCUGGGCGGACCUGAGUGUCAACCUGCAAGAUGACAGCAGUUUCUUCUAUGGCGUUUCCAGCCAGUACGAGAGCGCCGAGAACAUGAUCAUCACCUCGUCCACCAAGGUCUGCUCCUUUGGCAAGCAGGUGGUGGAGAAAGUGGAGACCGAGUACGCCCGCUUCGAGAACGGCCGCUACGUGUUCCGGAUCCACCGCUCGCCGCUGUGCGAGUACAUGAUCAACUUCAUCCACAAGCUCAAACACUUGCCUGAGAAGUACAUGAUGAACAGCGUGCUGGAGAACUUCACCAUCCUUCAGGUGGUGACCAACAGGGACACCCUGGAGACGCUGCUGUGCGUGGCCUACGUCUUUGAGGUGUCCACCAGCGAGCACGGCGCCCAGCAUCACAUCUACCGGCUGGUCAAGGACUGACACGGCGGAGGACGUCAACCUCCGUGAGCCCCACAAACCCACCCCCGCUCCCCACAAUAAGGACACACUAUCCUCCGCGAGCUUCGUGCUUGAACGUGACGACCUCUGGACGCCCUUAAUAAUGAUUGUGGAGACCGCAACCAGGCUUAGCGGUGGAAACAAGGACCAUGAUGCACUGCGGUCUCAGCACCACAGGAGACCUGCCUGGCCAUGAAAGACUUGCAUGAGAACAUUGUCAAUGGUGUUUGUUUUUUUAAAAAAAAAAUAUAUUUUAUUUGAAAUCUGAUUCUUGUAGUGCUUGUUUUGAUCUGAUUGUGUCAUGCAUGUGCAGGCUGACUCAGGGUGUCAGGGUGCCACCUACUGACUGAACGAUGAACAACAACGGCACACAUGGACGUCGAAGCAAAGAAUUGCACAACCUGUUUUUGUCAGUGUCAAUCACGUGUGCUGUCGGAGUAAUUCUACUGUCAAGUGCCACAUGUCCUUAAAGUGAGCUACAAAAGAGAGGCUAAAAAGAGUGUAAUCACUGUUGGGUUUUUUUUUUUGGUGUUUUAAAGUCUUCAGUGUUUUUGUCUUACAGCUUGAAAUUGACUCCAACAAAAGGCACAUAAUCAUUAAUAAUAAUAAUAAUAAUAACAAUGCUACCUUGAAGCACAGUUUAUGCUGGUUGCAUCAUGUCAUUUGCCCUGAAGUGUCAGAUAAAUGUUUCUUACAAAAAUUACUUUUGGUGGUUUUAUUUUUGUUUCCAUUUUUUUCGAGUGUGCAGGCUUGGGGAAAAGUCCUGAAAAUUCAAAUGUCCCGUGACUGCCAGGGGACCCAAAAAAGUAGUAAUUACUAAUAGAAUUAGUAAUUAAUAAGGGGGGAAGGGCAACGGUACAUGAGAAAGCAAU